CAGUGAAGAUGAAGUGUGCAUUGGUUUGUGUGGCUCUGUGCUUGGUGGCAGCGGCGGUGGCCGUUCCAGUUCCGGAUCAAAACGCCGAAACGCUCAAAUACGACAGCAACAUCAACGGUGUCGAUGGGUACAGCUAUCAGUACGAGACGAGCAACGGAAUUUCGGCCCAGGAAGCCGGCGAGCUGAAGAAUGUCGGUGAUGCGUCGGCACUGGCCGUGCGUGGUUCGUUCACUUACACCGCUGACGAUGGACAGGUGUACACCGUCAACUACAUUGCGGACGAGAAUGGAUUCCAGCCGGAAGGCGAGCAUCUGCCGAAGGAGUAG